AUGGCUGCCCUGUUCCGCGUCAAGGCGCUGUACGAAUACUCGUCGCCGCACGAGGACGACCUCAACUUCCCCGCCGGCCAGAUCAUUGCUGUCACGGACGAGGACGAUGACGACUGGUACGGCGGCGAGUACGUCGACGAGGCCGGCGCCAAGAAGGCGGGCAUCUUCCCUCGCAACUUUGUCGAGAAGUUUGAGCCCGUGGCGCCCCCGCGACCUGUGAGGAAGCAGCACAAGCAAGAACCCGAACCCGCCGCUGCUGCCCCUACGCCCCCUCCGGAGGCUUCUUACGAGGACACAGCUGCGCGAUCGACACCCCCGCCGGGAGACGUGGCCUCAGAGCCCUCGCCAAAGAGACUCGCCGAGCCCGUCAAGCAAACCAGGGCACCAGAACCUCCUGCUGCAGCUCCUGCUCCUCCAGUUCCAGUUCCUGUUCCAGCUCCUGUUGCUGUCCCGGCUCCGGCUCCCCCGCCCGCGGCAGCUCCUGCGCCAGUUCCGGUGCCUCUGCCAUCCUCGCCCAAGCGAGCCGACUCCCCCGCCUCAGCUGCUCCGGCCGCCAGUGCUCCGAAGCCAAAGGCCGCGCCUCCGCCGGUAUCCGAGAAGCCCAGCUCUUUCAAAGACCGCAUUGCAGCGUUUAACAAGUCGGCCGCACCUCCGAUUGCGCCCUUUAAACCCAGCGGCCUUAGCGGUGCUGGCGGCGCAGCGGGCUUUAUUAAGAAGCCAUUUGUGGCACCGCCUCCUAGUCGAAAUGCCUUCGUUCCUCCUCCUCGCGAGGCCCCCGCGGCCAAGAUUUACCGAAGAGACGAGGAUCCCGAAAUCAAGGCUUCCGUGGCCGAGACUCAGGGACAAGCCGAGAGAGCUGGACUGGUUACUUCUGAAACUCAGAAAGAGGGCGACGAAGAAGACCAGCCCAAGCCUACUAGCUUAAAGGAGCGCAUUGCUCUCCUUCAGAAGCAACAGAUGGAGCAGGCACAGCGCCAUGCCGACGCACUGUCCAAGAAAGAGAAGCCCAAGAAGCCGCCGCCACCUAAGAAGCGCGUUGAUUCUCAAGCUUCCGCCGCUGAGCCUGCUGAGGGAGCCGAGGUUCCCGAACGAAAAGACAGCGACGAGCCUGCCCCUAGAGCCUCGAUGGAUUCUGCUCCCGCCGAGUCAGCUCCUCUACCACCGCGGCCCCAACCCGAACUUACGGAAUCUCCCGCAGAAGCUGCCAACGGAGAUGAGGCGGCUGAAGCGGAUGCCGACGACCAUACUUCACGACGACUGUCCAAAGUGCCAACCUCCUCAUCCGCUGCUCCCGCUGCUGAUGUAGAACAGCCGGAGACUCAGGAGACGGUGGAGGAAGAAGGAGAGGCAGAGGAAGAGGAAGAGGAGGAAGACGUUGACCCUGAAGUCAAGCGCAGAGAAGAACUGCGAGCACGAAUGGCCAAGAUGAGCGGUGGUAUGGGCUUCCAUGGCAUGUUUGGCGCCCCGGUUCCUCCGAUGGGAGGUGGUCUGCCGGUGAAAAAGGCACCUAAGCCACCGGUAAAAUCUGCCACCACGCGGGAAGAGGAUGUGACUCCACCGCCGCAUGCUCCUCCUGUUCCCACUAUGAUGGCACUCCCGGGCAUGGGCCUUCCAGGCCUUCCAGUUAAGCCAGCCGAAGAGCCAGCACAAGCUGAUGAACCAGAGGCUGAACCAGAACAGAAAUCUGAAGAAGAGGAAGAUGCCACUCCUCUUGCUACCGCCCCCGUGCCCCCCGUGCGAGCCGAAGAAGGCGAGUCUACUAGCAUUGAAUAUCCAAAGCUCUUUCAUUCUGUCUCUACUAACACUCCCGUAGCCCCAGAGCACAGGGCACCACCACCUGUUCCUCAGGAAGACCUGUCUGCUCCUCCUGUUCCAGUGGCGGCUCGUCCGCCACCUCCCCCGGCUCCUGUUGGAGCUCGAUCCCCUCCACCACCGCCCUCAGCUCCCCCCGCUGUCAAGUCAGCUACAGAGGGAUCUGAAUCUGAUGAUGAACUGUCUAAUGGGGCUCGUGAAAACGCUGAGGCCGCUGCCUCAGUGCUGAGGUCACCCCCUCCACCACCUGCCCAUCACCCCUCAGAACCUCCUCAGUCGCCCCCGCGCCCUGGAGCAUUCUCGCCAACUUCGCCAACUAGCAAACGUGCUAGCAGGCCUCCACCGCCCGUUCCAGGGGCUGCCUCCAUACUCGCUGCGGUAACAUCUCGCCCACCACCGCCCCCUCCACCCGCUGCCCCGAGCCGGCGAUCCACUGUGGACUUUGGCGUCGCCUCGCCGACCAGGCCUGCGCAGGCAGGAGAGGAAAUUGGAGAGGCUACAGAGUACGAGGGCGACUACGAUACGGAUAUUGCCUCGUCUGUGCCUCACAAGGAUGCUUUGGCGGCGCAUGAUCAAGAGUCUAGCAUGGAGGAGACCAGCCUCCAGUCGCCAUUCAAUGAUGCUCCUCCAGAGUUGCCUCCGCCUCCCCCAUUUGCUUCGACGCCGAGAGCAGCCCCUCCUCCCGUGCCACAGUCUCCGCCACUGAACAGAAGGUCUACGGAUCUAUCUCGGUCUGUUCCGAUUUUGCCGCCUCCGGCUCCUCCCCCUAAGCUGCUUUCUCCCACAGGAGAUGAGAACCACGAUGGUCUGUUCAUCUCAAAUGCUAGAGGAGAUGACGCCCAGGACUCUCCAAUUCUACAGGAUGAACCUACUCCCCUUUCAUUCGAAGACUCUAGAGCCGUGUCGCCACCUGAUCGAAGAGCCCCGCCCGCAAUAGGCUCGCGUGGACGGUCAUCGAUGGAUAUGCCCAGGCCCAGUCUCAGCGCUCCUAGGAGAUCGAUUGAUCACCACCGCCCGUCAAUGGACUCUGGCUUCAUCGCGGGAGAUAUUGAUUUGGCUGUGCAAAGCGGUUGGUGGAAGCAGUCGAACCAAGUCCCUCCCGUCCUCCAAGGUCGGAAGGAUAUCCACUUUGAGUGCGAUGAAUCCACUUCGACAAAUCAAGGCGAGAAGGUUAUGAUCACCAGAGAAACCUUUAUCCUGUUUCAAGAUUACUCGCAGACCAUUCUUACGGCUCGCUACGACCCUAAUGACCCGACAACUGUAGAGCUGGAGCAGCGACACGAGGCGCCCCCAAAGGCGAUGCGACAGGACCAGAUGGAGGAAGCCUACGACACCUUUGGACGACGUAUUUCCGCAUCCGCCAUCGCUAAGAAAGAUCAGGUUGUCGGCGAUGGCACCGCGCAGAGCUUUGUUUUGGAAAUGAUUCGACCUCUAGAGGAUGCCCUGUUGCCUAUUAGCACUAGAUCGUACGGUGCCCUCGUCUAUGCCAACAUGGCCAAUGCUUCCACCCAGCAGCACGAUGUCAUUCGACCUGGCGACAUCAUCACCAUUCGCAACGCCAAGUUCCAGGGAAAGCAUGGACCCAUGCAUGCCAAAUAUUCCAGCGAAGUUGGCAAGCCGGACCAUGUCGGCAUUGUGGCCGAGUGGGAUGGCACCAAGAAGAAGGUCCGGGCUUGGGAGCAAGGCAGAGAUGGUAAGAAGGUGAAGCAGGAGAGCUACAAGCUAGAUGAUCUGCGGAGCGGAGAGGUCAAGAUCUGGCGUGUGGUUUCCCGUAGCUGGGUCGGCUGGCAGAAGAAGCUGUCUUAG